CAUUUAUCAAGAUGUUGGUUGACAGGCUCGUGUGCGACGGCUUACAGGGCGCUGGUACGAGGGAGGACCCCUGCAGCCCACACACUAUUUCUGGGGAACAGGGGGCCAGGGGGCUUCGCGCCAAGCCCAACCUGGAAGUGGUGCUCUCGUUCGACGGGGAAAAAAGGCCACGACUGCCUUGGGGGAGCUUCAUCCCUUUUUCCCUUUCAGCUGAAGCUCUUCAAGCUCGACUUCACUUGCGCGAGAGCUGCACGCUUUCUUCUUCAUCGCCUCCCAUCAAGUGUCUCCAUUUCUUUUUGGGGGACACUUUCUGUUGGGUGCUUUCUUCAACCAAUCUAGGUACUGGACGGGACCAAACCUUGUUCCAGCACGCACUUUAUUCUUUUUUCGACACGCUCGUUUUAGCCAUUUUAUGAUUUGCAUCUCCAUAUCAAGACAACCGCCAACACCGAGGCCCGUCCGCAACCACCCUGAAUAUCAACACCACCACAAACCCAAUCCCUAUCAACGAAGCCGAAUUGAUUAGUCCCCUUCGCCAUCAUGGCCGCCGUCAACGACAGAGGCCCUGUCGUCACUGGCGCUGAUCUGGGCGAUGCCCGAAGGCGUAACGUCCCAGGCACUCCCCAGACAGUUGCCGUCGUCCCAGAGCCUGAUGAUAAGAAGAAGGUCAAGAAGGAACCGUCCUUCCUCGAGAUCCUGGACCAAUGGGAGUGGAUCAUUGCCCCCAUCGUAUUCACCGCGCUCGCUUUCUUCACACGUCUCUACAAGAUCGGUCUUUCCAACAUUGUUACUUGGGACGAAGCUCAUUUCGGAAAGUUCGGUAGCCACUACCUCAAACGCGAGUUCUACUUCGAUGUCCAUCCCCCCGCUGGAAAGCUUCUCGUCGGUCUGAGCGGAUAUCUUGCCGGUUACAAUGGGUCCUUCGAGUUCAAGUCGGGAGAGACCUACCCUCCUGAGCUCAACUACACUUUUAUGCGCCAGUUCAACGCCUUUUGGGGUGCCAUUUGCGUCCCCCUCGCCUACUGGACUGCCAAGGAGCUCAAGCUCCGCCGCAAUGCUGUCUGGCUCGUCACUCUUAUGGUCCUCUGCGAGAACUCAUACACCACCAUCUCCCGGUUUAUCCUCCUCGAUUCUAUGCUCCUGUUCGGUACCGUUGCCACGACACUCUGCUGGGCCAAGUUCCAUGGCCAGCGCAAGAACAGCUUCGAGCCCGAGUGGUUCUUUUGGCUGUUCAUGACUGGUCUUAGCAUUGGUUUCGUUACCAGUGUCAAGCUGGUGGGACUUUUCGUCACUGCUCUGGUUGGUCUUUACACCAUUGAGGAUCUCUGGAACAAGUUUGGCGACACCAAGAUGCCAAUCUCCACCCUCGCCGCCCACGUCGGAACUCGCGUCGUUGGUCUCAUCAUCCUGCCCUUCCUUGUUUACCUUCUCAGCUUCGCCAUCCACUUUGCGGUUCUCACCAACAGCGGUCCUGGCGAUGCCCAGAUGUCUUCACUUUUCCAGGCCAACUUGAGGGGGACUGAGGUCGGCAGGAACAGCCCAUUGGAAGUGGCCAUCGGUUCCAAGGUUACCAUCAAGAAUAUGGGCUAUGGUGGCGGUCUUCUCCACAGUCACGUUCAGACCUACCCCGAGGGCUCUGGCCAGCAACAGGUUACCUGUUACCACCACAAGGAUGCCAACAACGACUGGUUCUUCUACCCCAACCGCCGCGAUGCCGAUUACGAUGCCGCUGCCGAACCCCGUUUCAUUGCCGACGGCCAGACCAUUCGUCUCCUUCACUCCCAGACCGGCCGCAACCUCCAUUCUCACCAAAUCGCUGCUCCCAUCACCAAGGCCGACUGGGAAGUUUCCAGCUACGGCAACAUCACUGUUGGCGACGAGAAGGACCACUGGAAGAUUGAGGUUGUCAGCGAUGCUGCCUCCAGGGACCGCUCCAAGAUCCGCACUCUUACCACCGCUUUCCGGUUAAAGCACGAGGUUUUGGGCUGCUAUCUCCGCGCUGGCAAUGUCAACUUGCCCCAGUGGGGUUUCAAGCAGAUUGAGGUUACCUGCACCAAGGACAACAAGCCUCGCGACACCUACACCCACUGGAACAUUGAGUCUCACAUUAACGAGAAGCUCCCUCCUGGAGACCCUGGCCAGUACAGGUCGCCCUUCUUUAAGGACUUCGUGCACCUGAACGUUGCCAUGAUGACCUCCAACAACGCCCUUGUGCCCGAUCCCGAUAAGCAGGACGACUUGGCUUCUCAGUGGUGGCAAUGGCCCAUUCUGCACGUUGGUCUCAGGAUGUGCGGCUGGGACGACAAGAUCGUCAAGUACUUCCUUCUCGGCAACCCCCUCGUCUAUUGGGGCUCGACUGCCGGGCUCGGUGUGUUUGGUCUUUUGACCGUCUGGUACAUCCUCCGCUGGCAGAGAGGGUACAGGGAGCUUUCCCAGUUCGACAUUGACCAGAUCCACUACGCCGGCAUCUACCCCGUCAUUGGCUGGUUCCUCCACUACUUGCCCUUCGUCAUCAUGGCUCGUGUCACCUACGUCCACCAUUACUACCCAGCCUUGUACUUCGCCAUCCUCACUUUCGGCUUCCUCACCGACUGGUUCACCCGCAACCAGAAGAAGAUUGUUCAGUACGCCACUUAUGCCGUGCUCGACGCGACGGUCAUUGGGCUGUACAUUUACUUUAUUCCCAUCUGCUGGGGCAUGACUGGUCCCAACAGGCAGUACGGCUACAUGAAGUGGUUUGACACGUGGAGGAUGUCGGAUGCUUAAAUUCUACCACCAAGGGGAUUAGGAGGAUGCAAAGGGGGAAAUAAAAGGGAUAUGUGGAAACAUGUGUUGUUGAAAUGUUUCUUGUGUUGCUGUACGAUGUUUUCGAGGCGUGUGUGGAAUGGUUGAUGGCGCGUUUGGUGUUGUGUGCAUACCUCCUGUUUUCUUGAUCUACACAAAUGGUUCAUCUAUCUAUCUGGCUUGGGCGCAACAAAAUCUUGAAGGGGCGUCUGGGUGGGAUAGGUAGGGCUGUUGUGUAAAGGGAGGGGGAAGGUGUGCGGCGUUAUAAAUGGGAGAGGACACACCAAAACAGCGAAGGGAAAAACAUUCAUCGGGGCUCUAUGAGACCUCUCUGUCUCGUCAUCACUAUCUCUAGACAUUAAAACUCUAAUGUUUUGUUUUUGUUUUUUGUUUUUCUUUUGUUUUUGAGGUGGGGAGGGGAAGGGAAGGGAGAGGUUAGAUAGAUGAAUGUGGAUGUCUGUCGAACUCAUGUGCCU